AUGUCGCUCGCCGAAUCCUCCUCCUCUGCCCUUCACAUCGACUUCCCGGCUUCCACCGGCUCGGGUGUCAUGCACUCUCGUUCCGUCUCUGGUGUUCACGUUCACCCCGUCGCACUCUUCUCCAUUCUCGACCACUACCUCCGACGCAACGAUGGUCAGCACCGUGUCAUCGGUACCCUUCUCGGCACCCGCACCGAGUCCGAGAUCGAGAUCAAGAACUGUUUUGCUGUUCCUCACCAUGAAGACGAUGAGGAGGGCCAGGUUCAGGUCGACCUGGAGUACCACCGCAACAUGUAUGAGCUCUGCCAGAAGGUUCGACCGGAUGAGGUCAUUGUUGGUUGGUACGCUACCUCGCCACAACUCAACACCUACAGUGCUUUGAUCCAGGACUUCUACUCGCGAGAGACUGCACCUCACCAGGCUGUCCACUUGACCAUGGACACCUCGAUCGACGGCUCCAAAGCUUCCGGUCUCGGCAUCAAGUCUUACAUCUCAUCACCGUUGGGUGCUACCCCUAAGGCCGAGAACUGCGUCUUCCUCCCAUUGCCCACUAACCUCAUGCACUCGACACCAGAGCACUCCUCGCUUUCGCUUCUUGCUUCGCAAAACGUCUCUUCGCCUUUGAGCGACCUCGAUGCGCUCGCUGUCAGCCUCAAACAGGUUCAGGCACAACUCGACCGUGUUCUUACCUACGUCCGUGCUGUCAUUUCAGGAGAGAAGGAGGGUGACAAGGCUGUCGGUCGCUUCCUUAACGACACCAUCAGCGUUGUUCCUGCAGGCAUGGACGACAACAAGCUCGAGACUCUCUUCAACGCUCACCUCCAGGAUGUCCUCAUGGUUUCCUACCUCGCAAACGUUGUUCGCGCCCAGGCCGAGGUUUCCUCCCGCCUCACUCUUCUCACUUGA